CUUUUUUUUACUGUUAAAAUGGGCAAGAACGAGAUAUUUAAAUUGAUUCAAGACUGUUCUACUGAGACUUCUACAGUAAAACCACUAUCAGACUCUACUACAAUGCAAGAGAGGGAUGUAAACAUCCAGUCAGUCGAAAAAUCAUCUUGAGAUGAAGCUAACUUUAAAGACAAAGCUGAGACUAAACCAGAUAGAGUCUGUAAUAAAGAUAAUUUAGAGGGAAGAAACAGCACUGAGCCUGAACUAAAUCAAGUGAAAGCCCUCACUAGUUGUACCAACCAAGACUCUAAACAUGGCAUUGUAGGACAAGAGAAUACCGAACACCAGAGUGAAGAUACUUCUGAGUCCCAACUUCUUCAAACAAAAGAGGAGGGGAAUUUAAAUUCUAAUACUACAGAUAUUACUAUGAACAAAUCUGAUGAAGAGUUGAGUGGACUCUUAACCGAGAAUUCACGAAAUAUUCAAGAACUCAGUAAUGACACUGGAAAUCUCGAAGAUGCCAAAGCUGAAGAUUCUACUGAAGAGCAUGAGAAUGACAAAGACGACCUUCAGACAAAUGACCUUCUAGAAGAUUUAUCUGAAGAAGAUGAUGAGAUCGAUCGUGAUCUCACAGAAGCUCUUCAAUUAGAGGAGCAAGAAGAGCUAGUUGAAGCGGAUGUAUUCGAACACAAUGACUCUGAAGACUCUGAUUCAGUAAAAAUGUCGAAUCUGCUUGAAUUGUCAACUAAUACCCUCUCUUAUGAAAGAUUUUACCCGGGAAGGAUCCUAGGCAAUACUUUUGUUGCUAAAAAUAACUCUGAUGUACCAAUGAAAUUCACAAUUUCUUUUGAGAACACUGAAAUAGAUCAAAAGCUUGUGAACGAGAAGCUGUGUGAAUAUUAUUCCUGUGACUCUACCGAUGACAUAGAAGAUUCAUACAGUAAACAUCUUAAAACUAAGAUAGAUACUAGUGAAGAAGCUUUAAAUGCCUGGCAUCUUGAAGAUCCCUACACUAAAAAGCUGGCCCAAGCUAUUGACUUUGAGCUCGGUCCCUAUUCUGAAGAAGAAUUCAUCAUCGUACUGAAGUCUCCAGUGCAAAAUAAACAAGCCCUUUACACAUCAAAUAUUGUUUUACAUCAGUAUGAAAAUGAUUACAAGGAUUUUGUUUUCUGCUUUGGAUUUUUAGAGCAACUUAAAAUUUCGAUUCCAAAGGAAAUGUACAACACAAAACUUGAUGCCAAAAUGGUAAAGAUUGUUAUGAGACGUAAACAACAAGGACAAAUCAUAAAGUUGCUCCUAGAAAACAAAGGUGACAUGCCUGUGGUCUCCAACUUCCAGAGUGUCGAGAUGGAACAGAGCGUCCAAUUCUACUUACCGAACAGCAAGGUAUUCUUAGAGCCUAGAUCUCGAGCAUUACUCGAGAUCAAAGCUUUACAAAAGCUCCCUUGCAAACCUUCUGAAGACUCUUCCAAGCCUGAGGUUAUCCACAAGCUGGUUGUAGCGAAGGUAAAAGACUGUGAGUUCAAAUUCAGCAUUGUUUUUGAAAUCACUAUCAUCUAAUCCUCAAUCGAACGACUCAGUUCUACAGAGGAAAUCUGAACAUCAACAGAUGUUCACUUGUAUUCUGUUAUAGAAAAGUUAGUUAUUUC